CAGAGAUGCCCUAACGGUGCGAGUGGGUUUCGGAGCAACCCUGAGGACCUGAAGAAAACUUGCUACCGAGAAGGACAUUUUGAAGGUUUUGUUGGCUGGAAGAGGUAUCUCAGGAAUCCCACUCCCAGAUCUUUCUCGAAGAUUUGAAAAGAAUUAGAUUAGGGGCAUGGGGUCACAGAAGGUCACCCCAUCUCUGAUCUUCGCCAUUGCCAUUGCUACGAUUGGCUCUUUCCAGUUCGGCUACAACACUGGAGUCAUCAAUGCUCCUGAGGCGAUCAUAAAGGACUUUCUCAAUUACACUUUGGAAGAGAGGCUAGAAAAUCUUCCCUCAGAUGUGUUGCUCACAUCCCUCUGGUCCUUGUCUGUGGCCAUCUUCUCCGUUGGUGGUAUGAUUGGCUCCUUUUCCGUCGGACUGUUUGUCAACCGCUUUGGCAGGCGCAAUUCAAUGCUUAUUGUGAACCUGUUGGCCAUCGCUGGUGGCUGCCUCAUGGGGUUCUGUAAAGUAGCUGAGUCGUUUGAAAUGCUGAUCCUGGGCCGCUUGGUUAUUGGCAUCUUCUGUGGACUCUGCACUGGUUUUGUGCCCAUGUACAUUGGAGAGGUCUCUCCUACUGCCCUACGGGGUGCCUUUGGCACUCUCAACCAGCUGGGCAUUGUCAUCGGGAUCCUGGUGGCCCAGAUCUUUGGUCUGGAAGCCAUCUUGGGGUCGGAAGAGCUGUGGUCCGUGCUAUUAGGCUUCACCAUCAUUCCAGCUAUCCUACAAAGUGCAGCCCUUCCAUUUUGCCCUGAAAGUCCUAGAUUCUUGCUCAUUAACAGAAAGGAAGAGGAGAGUGCUAAGGAGAUCCUCCAACGGUUAUGGGGCACCCAGGAUGUGUCCCAGGAUAUCCAGGAGAUGAAAGAUGAGUCUGCCAGGAUGGCACAAGAAAAGCGUGUCACCGUGGUGGAGCUCUUUAGAGCACCCAGCUACCGACAGCCCAUCAUUAUUUCCAUCGUGCUCCAGCUGUCUCAGCAGCUCUCUGGAAUUAAUGCUGUGUUCUAUUACUCAACGGCAAUCUUCAAGGAUGCGGGUGUUGAGGAGCCAAUCUAUGCCACCAUCGGUGCGGGUGUGGUUAAUACCAUCUUCACUGUGGUUUCUCUGUUUCUGGUGGAAAGAGCAGGAAGAAGGACUCUACAUAUGAUAGGCCUUGGCGGGAUGGCUUUCUGUUCCGUCCUCAUGACUGUUUCUUUGUUACUAAAGGAUACAUAUUCAUGGAUGAGCUUUGUUUGUAUUGGGGCUAUCUUGGUCUUUGUGGCCUUCUUUGAAAUUGGACCAGGCCCCAUCCCUUGGUUUAUUGUGGCCGAACUCUUCAGCCAGGGACCCCGCCCAGCUGCAAUGGCAGUGGCUGGUUGUUCCAACUGGACCUCCAACUUUUUAGUUGGAUUGCUCUUCCCCUCUGCUGCAUUCUAUUUAGGAGCCUACGUUUUUAUUAUCUUCACUGGCUUCCUCGUUAUCUUCUUGGUCUUCACCUUCUUCAAAGUCCCUGAGACCCGUGGCAGGACUUUCGAGGAUAUCACACGGGCCUUUGAAGGGCAGGCUGCAGACAGAGCUGGGAAAGCCUCCAACAUGGAAAUGAACAGCGUCCAGCCUUUUAAGGAGUCCACCACCCAUGUCUAAGUCAUGCCUCCUUCCACCUCCCUCCCAACAUGGAAAAGCAACCUCUCCCUGACUGAGGGAGAGACCUCAUCAGGAUGAACCCAGGACUGCUUCUGGCUGCUGCUACUUGAUUCCUUUCUCAUCCCGCACACUCCGUGAGCACUCGGAUGAACACUCCAUGAGCACUCCAAAUGCUGGGGUUAGUUGGAUUCUCAAUGGCUUUUUAAAAUGUUUCAUUUCUUGGACAUUCUCUUCUGUUGAGGAGAGACCAAGUGAACCUACCUUCAUUUCAGGAGGCAUUGGCCGCUUGGCAUGUGACAACUUUGCCAGCUCUUCCUCCCUUAGGUUCUAAUAUUGCCCCACAAGGGCAUAUAGGGGAGGAAGAGUAAGGUGCAAUUCCCCCAACCUCAGACUUACCAGGAAGCAGAUGUACAUAAGAGUGUGGAAGGCAGAGGGGGAUCAAAUAAGAGCACCUUCCUCACUUCUGUACAGCUCUGCACAGCAAGUUAACUUGAGUUUUAUUUAUUUUACCUUCUGGUUUUAUUGCAUAAAUAUUUAUUUUUUUAAGUAUAAAGUAAUUUUACCAAAUAAUGAAAACAUAAGGAAAUUGAGGUUAGAGGGAGGUGUUUAAAGAGAGGUUAUAGAGAAGAUUUGAUGCUAGAGAGGUUAAGGUGCAAUAAGAAGGGGAGAAUUUAAGGAAAAAUGUUGCUCGAUAUUGGGGUUAUAUGAAGUGGUGCCUGAGGUUUGUAUGUUGCCCCUUAACAAUUUCUGUCCUUCACAUGGAAACUCUUUAAGUUUAAUUUCUCAGAAAAGUCAUGUGCCUGUAUAAAAAAAGCUACUGAUUUCUUUUGGAAUUUUUUUCUUUAUAGUUUAUAUGUAGUAUUACUUGAAAUGUGGGAUUAACUAAGAUGGGCAUUGUAGUUACUGGCGGUUGAUGAGUUCUAAUUUUGGAUGGAGUCCAGAAAAGGGAAAGUUGUUUCUAGAAAGCCUCUUCCCCCACACUGGACCAAACAACUCCUUCCCCUUGUUGUAGACUCAUGUAUUUUUUAAGUAAUCCCAUCACCCAUCUGGUGGGAGAGCCCUUCAAAUGGGAAACCUAAAAUAAUUGGUUCUUGGUAGAGGCUUAGUAUUUCUCCAUUUUGUUCUUUAGAGAUUUUAGGUGUUUUUGUUUUGUUUUAAUCUGUAGUUUAAAAGGAAUUCAGAGGCAAAUGUGAUAGCUAGCUUAGAAUUUGUAACCUCACCUCUGGGAGAGUAUUUUUCCUGAACGAUUAUUAUCUAGUUUAAGUAUGUUUUUGCUUUAGGGUUAUGGCAUGCUUGUCUGUGUCUUACCAUGUUACUGUGGUACUAUGUCAAGUACCCUUUGGGGACUUGAAUCUUUCCAGUAGAACACAGUUGAAAUAUUAUGAGUCAAUGUGCAGUGUAGCCCACACUUGAGAGUAUGAAUGUAUGUGCACUGUCACUUUGCUCUGGGUGGAAGUAGUUUGUUGGUGACUUGUUUCCUCUGUUCUUACAGCCUCCUUUUGGACAGAAUGUGUUAAAACUCACCCCCUCGUCCCUAGGUAUUUAAAUAACACUGCCUCUGCUGGGUGGAAUUUGUAUCCAGAACUUCAGAAUUCAGACUCAAUCUGACUGCCUUUCCAGGCAAUGAGGGGAGAACUUCCUAAAUACUGAGGUUGAGCGUGGAGGGCUCAGCCUCACGACAGAUCCAGACAAUGGGAAUAGGAAGGGAAGUGUGCACUCAGGACAUUGGCCUCUUGGGGGACCUGGAGAGGGACUUUGGGGGAAUGGGAGGCAUUCAUUUAAGGGGGUAAGAAACAAAUAUAAGACUUGCUUCUACCUCUGGAGCUUUUCAAAGGGUUAGAGGAGACGCAGGGAUUUCCUCCUGCCACAGGUCAUGGACACCUCUACUGUCAUCUCUGAGUUCUGCAGUAUUUUUACAAAUAGAGAUGGGACCCUGAUGACUCACUCUCUUCCAUUUUUCAUAUGUUGUUUCAGCUCCCUUUCUCUCCUUGGUACUUGCAUUUCAGAUCCUUUACCCAAACCCUUGUCAACAACAGUAUUUUAGUCUUCAGUUCUCACCAUUCCUUCUGGUCAUUGAACCUUUGGAUAAAACCUCAUGUAGCUAUGGAGCACGGUUUUGUUGGAAAAGGUGACUUUCCUCUAAAUGCACCUCUACUUCUGGCUCCUCAACUGGUGGGUUGGCAGUAAGGCAGGGUGGAAGUUUUCCCAUUUCUCGGUGACUAGAUUGUGAAUAUUUCUAUAUGGAUUUUCUAUUAAUGUUACUGUAGUUCUCUGUUUAAAAAUAAAAAUUCUGAAUGUACAUAUGA